UAUAAAUUUUGGAUAUAUUUUUGUUGGUAUAUAUAUUAAUUAUAUUUCAUAGUAACAUUUUAAAAUGUUUGUUUUGAACCUCUAAAAUGUUAGGCGCUAACUAUUUAAGACUACCAGACUCUAGGAACUGUUAAUUUGGAUUCGCCAAAUCGACUUAAUUUCUCUUAUAAUCUCCGCCUCGUGUUAUUAUGAGACAUACUUUAUAUUUUAUUAAUUAAAAAGUAUCAAACAUGUUUUCUCUAUGUAGUUCUUUUCCGAUUCGUUAAAUCAACAUGUAAGAACUAACUAUAAACUACCUACAAAAGAUUAAAAAUCAUUUUUAUUAUAAUAUUAAAGAAUAGAUGUAAGAACUAAUUAUAAGAACAUCUUUAUGGAGGAUAUCAAAAUGGGUUUCUUUCUAUUAAAAAAAUAAAAAAUAAUUAAAGUAGCUAGAUGAAAUAGAAUGAGACAAGUUUUUUCAUGAAGAAACCCAAAAACAAAUCGAUAGCACUUGUCUUUACAUUAAUAUUAGUGAGAUAUCCAUAUAGAUAUCCACCAAUGAUGCUCUAAUUUUUUUUAAGUUUAUAAUAGCAACUAGAUUGGUAAAGUUCUGAAAAUCAAUACCUAAAUCCACAAAUAAUAAUAAUUUAAUAUAAUAUAUAUUUAUUUAAAUUUAUUGUGAACCACUUAAAUCAUGACAAAUGGGGAGCUGCAAAGCAUGAGGCUCUUUUAGUUAGGUUGGGAAGGAAGUGAGUGAUUGGUUGUAUCUAUGUAACUAAAAUCAAGCCACAACCUCUAAAUGCACCUAACUUCCUUACUUGAGAAUCUGUACAGCAAGUGGUAUAUCUAAUAAUGGUCGAACGACAAAACUUGCUUUGUCUUUGUCGUCGAAGAUCCGUUGUUAAGAGUUUAUUCGUUUGAUCUUUACAAAUUUCUUAGUCAUUGAUCUUAUGAGUGAUAUGAUCAUGAAGAGUAACGAAUCCGAAGUAAUGUAGAUUUUAGCAAUAUUUUAAUCAGUUUGUAAUAGUUUAACAAUUUAUAUAUAUAUAUAUAUAUUUGUAAUUCGCUUAUAUAUUACGUAUGAUGUUGAUAUUUUUUCCUUCUAAAUUAUAAACUUAAUAUAUGCAUGCAUGCAUCCUGAUUUUCUUUCUUUUUUAUCAAAUAUCAAACUAGGAUUUUUUUUCUUUAUAAAAAUUACUUGUUUAAACAAAUUAAAGAAUUACUUACUGUCUACACAUUUCUUAUGGACAUGCAUCCAAAUUAUGAUUUCCAAAUAUGUUAUUAAAUUAAGAAAGAAUAUAUUUUUCUUUUGAAAAAAAUUGAUUACCGUGAGAUAUUACAUUUUGUAUAGAUUGGAGUAGUACAUGCUCAAAGUAAUAUAAAGAGAUGGAGCUCUCAAAUGUAAUGACCCAAAAAAAAAAAAAAAGAAGAGAGAUAGAGCUUUGUAAUUUCUAAAAGUAGUGAGUUGUGGUGAGAUGGAACCAAGCAUGUGGUCCAAGCUUCCUUCAGAUCUCAUUCAGUUGAUUUUUGAACGUCUUGGUUUUGCAGAUUUUCAAAGGGCUAAAUCUGUUUGUUUAUCUUGGCGCUAUGCAUCCAAACAAUCUUCGCCAAACAAUCAAAUCCCUUGGCUGAUUCUAUUUCCAGAAAAAGGUAAAGAUUACUGCCUCUUGUUUAAUCCCGAGGAAAAAGAUGAGAAGUUAUACAGAAUUCAAAAUAUAGGUGUCAACUUUGCAAAUAGUAAUUGUUUGGCUACUUAUGGAAGUUGGCUCUUGAUGCAAGACGAUCAUCAAUACAAUAUAAUAUACAUUUUGAAUAUAUUCACCUGUGAGAAGAUCGAUCUGCCUUCCAUGAAGUCUCAACUUAGCAUUGUGGAGACUGAAGAUGAUAUGUUUCUUGUACAAUUACAUGACAACAGAGAUGUUUUAUUCUGGUUCGACGAAAAAACCAAAGAUUAUGUUGUUAUAUGGAUACUCCAAGCCCGUUUUUUGGUUUAUUCCAGAAAAGGUGAUAAAUAUUGGAAACGAAUUGAGCUUUUCAACUUUAAUUUUGACAUGGUAUACAAAGAUCAUAGACUUUACUUGUAUACUAGCUCUCGUGAUGUCAAAGUCUUGGAUUUUUCUCAAGGUAUCCCGCGACAAGUAUUUGAGACGCAAGUUAACUAUGAUUAUUCGAGAAAGCCAGAGGAUGUUUUCUACUAUGAUGCUCCUCUUCAUGUAUGUAGGAAGAUCAAGACUGAAAAUCUUGUAGUCAGAGUGACUGGUGAAGUUCUGAGGGUUAAGAGCAUAGUUUUGUGCAAUUCCGACGUUUGGUACUUCCGCAUCUACAAGAUGAAUUCAUCAAAUAGCGAGUGGGAGAAACUUGAUUCUUUGGGAGACGAAGAAGCAAUAUUUUUGGAUCUUGGUAUCACCGUUACGCUUGCCAACACUAUCAAAGGAGUCAACGGAAACUCAAUAUAUUUCAGCGGCAAUCAUAAUAACUAUUGUGAUUCUGAUUUGGGUCAUUUUUGGAGUAAAAACGAUAUACUUAUCUUCAAUCUUGGCACUCAAGAAAUUGAAAGACCACACCCAAGUAUCUUUUCGUCAAUUCAAUUAUCUAAUGCUCGAUGGUUUGUCCCAAAUUUCAAACAAAUGUGAUUGGUCUCAACUCUAUUAAUGUGCCUUUUCAAUUCUCUUCCAAGUGAGAGCGUUACA